ACGUUGAGGUGGUCUUCAGGUUUACCUUGAGCCAAAGUGCUCACACUGGCAGAAGCUCAGCAAGAGGAGAACAGGAUGAAGAUGGAUUAAAACUCAUGUUGUCCAAGCAGACACAGAGAACAGAGCGCAGAAAGUACUGGAAAACCAGGAUGUUAAAGCCCAUCCAGGUACUUUGAAUCGGCUGAUUGUGUGAUGGUGUGAUGUCUCCCGUGGUGGAUGAGACAGCGGGGGAUCUCCCAGUCCGAGAUGUGGGACUGAUGAGGGGAGGACUUAUGCCGACUGUUCCAGAUGCCCCACGUGAUGUGAAGCCAUGGAAGAAGCAUCACAUCAUGAUGACCAAAGAUCCUCAGCGGCUCUUUCGUUUCCCCAGGGAGCAACUGGAGGAUCUUUGCCUUCACCUGCAAGAAGAGAAUGUGGUGUUGAGAACGCACUCACGAGCACAGGAGCAGAAGAUGCGCAGGAUGUCCACCAGACUGAUACGUCUCCGUCAGGCCCGGCCUGGGUCGGGCAGCGCUAAAGAGAGGGACACGGAGGACACGUUGCAGGAGCUGGAAGCCCGUGUGGCCACGCUGGAGAGCCAGAAAGUCAUCUUACAGAACAAACUCAGCCUGGCCAAGCAGCACAUUCUGGACCUGGGCGGGCGCACGCCAUACAAGUUCAACAAAGCUAAAAGUGCAGAAGUGGAUGUUGGAGUUAGGAGGGCGGCUCAGACAGCCCCGCCCCGCUACUGCCCCACAACGGAGGACACCAGGGGGGAGAUGGAGAAAUUCUGUGUGAGCGAGCAGAUGAGGUUGAUGGAGCUCCAGCUGACCACCCAGAGCCUCAGAGACACACUCCAAGAUAAAGAACGAGAGAUGGAGGGAACAAUGAGAGAGAUGAAGAAGCAACAGGCUGAAAGACAUAGAGCAACCAUCAGAGAGAACCUGGAUGUGAUCCGACUCCAAAAGCAGCUUUCCGAGAAGAGUGCCGCCCUGCGGGUAACCCAAGAGAAGAUUACUGAUUUGCAACAGGCCUAUGAGAAACAGCUGGAGGAGAAUCAGAUGUUGCUGAGGGAAAGCCAGGUUGCCCUCCUGGAGAAAGUGGAAGAGCAGAGUGAGGAGCUGAAGCAGGAAAGGCAGAGAGCCCUGAUGCUGGAGGGUCAACUCACGACUGCCAGUUUGUCUCUGCAGAACCUGGAAAAGCUACAAGAGCGUAUAAGUGACCUGGAAGGAGAGAAGGAUCGGAUAAAAGAAAGCUACGACUCUCUACUUGAGAGUACUUUAUCUACUUACAACGGCCCUGUGGGGGAACACAGGGUGGUGUACGAGAAAAGGGACAAACCAGAGAACAUCGUCACUGGGACGGACGCGAAGAUCCUGGAGGAAGUGCUGCAAGCCGAGAGGGAGGAGACAGGCAGGCUGGAAUCUGAGAAGGAAAAGCUCCGACAAGAGAAGGAGAUACUGGAGGAGCAGAAAGAGCAGGAAGCAGCCAAACUAGAACAUCUGGAGGAGCAGAUACUCCAGUACAAAGAAGAGAUUUCUGUUCUGCAGCACAGACUCGACUCUGUUACUAAGGAGUUUGACAUGAGUGAUGAAGAGCUCAGCGAAACACUUCUUCAGAUUAAGGCGUUCCGGAUGCAGCAGGAAAGCAGAGAGGGCUUACAUCUCCUCGGGGCUAAUAGAGAGAACGAGGACCCCGAGCUUGCCAACAAUCAGGUCUUACACGCCGAGACAGUGCUGGAAUUACAGAAAACCAGGAGCCUUCUUUUGCUGGAGCAUCGCAUAAGUAAAGACCUUCAGGUGGAGUUGGACACAGUCAAAAGAAGGUUGGAGAGUGAAAGAGAGGAGGCAAGGGUGAGGAUGGCGGAGAAAGAGAAAAUGCUAUCCAAAAGAGCUCUUCAGAUCGACACCUUACAAGCCCAGUUGAAAACUAUUGCGUACAACACAAAGAACCACAAAGAGACCAUACCAAUACAGUACACAUGGCAAACAGGAGGAGGGGAACUAGUCCUGCCUGUUGAAGACGAUAUUUCCUUUUCUCCACUGAGGGUUGGAGAGUCCCUCUUAGAACUUCACAUCAAGGCUGCCACCUUCACUCCAGGUGGUCUUCAAAAUAUGAGCAGCAUGGAUCCAGACCAAGGUGACGACAUGGUGACCUUCUGUACAUACAGCCUUUUGGACUUUGAAGUUCACUCCACACCUCUGGUGGCGGGAAGCCAACCCAACUACGGCUUCACCUCCCAUUAUGCUUUGACUGCUCGCGAUCUGGGCAGACUGGAGGUCCAGGGUUCGAGGGUUAGAGUGGAGCUCCACCAGGCAGUAGGAGGGGUUCGGUUUCUGACGCAUGGAAGUGGGCAUGUGUCUCUGAUGGCUGCCAUGGAGAGGAGAGGGGAGCGUAUUAAUGGGCGUGUGAACAUCACAGGUUCUGUGGGGGAAAUAGUUGGUGUUGUGGAUUUCUGGGUGCGCCUAUUCCCACCUGCAGAGCCCAUGGACGCCAUGGCGGUAGGAGAAAAUGACAGGAACACAGCAACACAGAAAAUGCCGGCUCAGAUCUCUCUUGGCUGGCAAGAUGGUGGCCACGUGCAGGAGUUGUAUGACUUUGGCGGAGGGAUUCCCAACGAGCUGGUGUUGCUGCUGGAGCACUGUGAGGGUCUGAGAGGGCGCUGGCCUGGACUCCUUCCUGAUGCCUACCUAACCUACAGAUUCUACGACCUGCAGCCCCAUGUGUCCCAAACGGUCCGGAGUAAUGUGGACCCAGUUUUCCAUGACUCCUCCAGCUACCCGCUUGCGGUCACAACUGAUGUGUUGCGCUACUUGAGGUCAAGCAGUCUUUGGGUGUAUGUAUUUGAUGACAGCGAUGACCAGAUACCACCAGCCUACCUGGCUAAAACGCCCAUUCCACUGAGAGCGCUGGCUACCGGCAGGGAGAUCACAGGUGACUAUGUUCUGCGGGAUCCAGCCGGGGGUCCACGGGGCACUGUCAGGGUGCUGAUUAAAUGGAAGUACCCCUUUCAACCACCAGUAGAUACGAUAGAAAGCUCGGUGAGAAGACAAGGAGAAGCAGAAGAGUCACCAAGGCCGAUAGCAAAACCCAGAGUCAAGACACAUCAACUUGAGGCAGGAGAAACCAGAGCAAAGCUGAGGAAGAUGAAAGCUUGUCCUCCACUUGACAACAUAAAACCGGACCAGACCAAGAGGUCCAGUAAGACGUUACCUGGUCUUCAUGACAAGGAAGCCUCUAUUGUGCUCUCCCAUUCACCAAUCACAAAGUCAUCAGAAGGAACAUCUUCCAGAACUUCACCGAGAAGAAGCUCUGUUAGUGAUCCUGCUACUCAGAACAUUUCCUCUGUGGAUCUGGUGUCAGUGUAUGAAGAGCUGGAAAAGGAGGAAAGGAGUGAGAGUGCUGCUGAAGAACCCUCAGAGUCCUCUGAGACCUCAACAAGCGAACUGAUUGUUUCAUCCAAACAAAAGAGAAGAAAGGGUGACAAGUUAAGAGUGGAGAUCCUGUCCUUGACCUUUGAACCAUCCUCUCAUGUGGCACUGGACGAUUCGGUGCAGCGCGUCUACGUGGAAUACCGGCUGCUGGGCGUCCCCAUGGAAACAACAGAGACGCCCGUGUCCCUCCGCAAGCCCACAGAGGGGGAGGAGAUUUACUACAACUUCACACGAGUCAUCUAUGUGGAUGGUUCACUGUCAGCUCCACUCAGACAGUAUCUUUACACCAUGUUGGAAGGCAGUGACCCCAACAAGGGCAGGUUAAAGUUCACAGUCGUCAGCGAGCCAAUGGACGACGAUGAGGAGUGUUGGGAUGUCGGAUGCUCCUUCUUGGACCUGCAGGAACUGCUGCUGACAGGAAAUGACGUCAUUGAACGGCAAAUUGACAUUGUGCGCGUGGAUGAUGAGAAGGAGGUGAUUGGAUUCCUCAAAGUGUCUCUGGAGGCAGCAAAAGCCCUAACUGGUAUUUACCAAGAGUUUCACCGGCCAGAGGAUGCUGAAGAUAACAGCGAUGAAGAAGGCCAACAAGAGGGAUAGGAAGAGCAGAGGGGGAAAGAGGCAAUAGACUGUGAUGAUGUCAAGGACUUCCAAGCAAAAUAUGUGUCCAUAAAUUUAAUUACGCUAUUCACAAAAAGUUAGGAAUAUUCGCACUAUUUGCACAACAACUUGCUGUUCUUGAACAAGGAGCUGAAUGGCAAAAAUCACAGCAGUGUGUAAUCUAUAAAUUGACCAAUAAAUGUCCUUGUUCAAUAAGAAUUGGAAUUUAAUUAAACAGUCCUCUUCAUCAUGCUGUUCACAUUUUGACAUCAUGAGACCAAGACCGCACUAACAAUGGAUCAACACUAUCUGGCCAUUGUGAGGUUUCCACUUUUCGACGUAUGUCAACGUAUGAUUCAUACGUCCCGCAUACGCGGGCAAUAAGUUAUGCGAUCGUUGACGCCGGUUCACACACAUUAUUUGUAAGUUACGCACAAUUCGUAAUACGUCAAGAUAAUAUCAAGCAUACCUUUGCCUUCUUGUCCACUCUCCGGUAGUCAGUCUUCUUGAUGUCCCAGAGGAUGGUGUUCUCACAAAGGAAAUCACACAUAAGCUGCUCCUCUUGGACAUUGAGACAAAACUAUGUCUUCUUGGCUCUCUUCUUGGCAAGGGUUGGCUGAGAGGAGCUGGAGGCCACUGGGAAGCAGCUUCCGACAGCAUUGACGAUGCCUGAGAGGCGUUAGAACCUGCGUCAUCUCCAUCAGAGUGAGAGUGGGAGGGGGAGGCUAUGGGUGGUGAUGGAUCCUUCUUAAGUCCACGUCCUCGGCCUCCGUCACUGCCCUGAUACUUCUUGGCAGCGGUCUUCCACAUUUUCUUCGGCAUGAUGGUGAUGUUGACACUGCCAUGUUUAGUGAGGUUAUGAUUUGAGUCAUCAAGUGGCAGCCUUUUUAUAGGCUACAGCACGUGAUCGUCGGCCAUAUGCUGCUGUGCGGUUUGCAUAAGUUAGACUGGCGUUGGGCGUAAGUUGUGAACGCCGGCAACACGCUACGCAUUCGUUGGUAUAAGUUGUCUAUAAGUUAUAGAAACGUUCUAUAUAAGUUACUAACACGUCAUGUAUACGUCGAACUCGUUAUGAAAAUGCUAUGUAUACGCCCAAAAUUGAAAAAAACGUUGACAGUUCAAUGUAUGCAUCAAAAUGAUCACGUCGGGCAUGCGCUGGCUAAAUCGUCAAGGUGGGACAGGGCCUUAAAGGACAUAGCGCAUUUUACAUUCACCCUGAAAUUUCACACAAAAGCUGAUAAGUCAUGAACUUUUUGUGAAUAGGGUAUAUGUUUGUGACAUCACAGAACUGUUAAAGCCUAUGUACUGUAUUGUUAACUUAACCCUUAUGGUGUUGUUUAUGUGUUUCAGACAUGCUUAACAAGUUAUAUGAAAGAAUAUCACGUGUUUACAGUUGCACAAUUCAACAUGUCCGAACAGGGCUAGGAAGAAGCAGAGCUCAUUUAAUCCCUUCUCCAUAUCAAUUACUGAUAAAUCAUUCACCCAUCUUUUACAUGUUGACAGUGACUAUUUAUUUGGCUUACAUUUUGUCAUUUAAAUUUUAUUCACUUUCGGCGUGAAUAGAAAGUAAGGGGUUGAAAAAAUAAAAUACCAAUAAGCAAAUGGGAAUUAAGAAAAUGACCCAACAUACUGUAGCUUGAGCAGUGUUAAGAAAAAGGAAGAUAAAAAAACACGAUGAAAUUUUAAUACAUAUAACAAAAUAGGAAUAUAUUGGUAAUAAAUACAAAAUAAAAGUUAGAAUAAGUUGGGACAUUAAAGACAAGACAAGUAAGCAAAGACAUUGAGAGUAAAUACAUAAAUACUGAAGUCAUAGUUUGUACGGAAUCACUCUAUUCAUGACGAAUUUCUGGAUAUACUGUAGAUGAAGUAAUAACUUCUUGGUCAUAUUCAAUGAA